GUUUAUUUAAGCAGCUUUUCUGGUUGAGCUCUGAACAUGAGAAAGGGUCACUCCACCUUCAGCUUACACAAGUGAAAUAGUGCAAGGGGAAGAAAGAGCCAGAGAGUGAGAAAAAAAAAAUGGAGAUUGGACAGCAUCAAGCCAUUACUGUAGAGGAAUCCAUUAACAAUACUUUCAAUCUCAUACAGGAGCGCUUGGAAGAAAAUAGAAGAGAAGGAAGUCAAAGCAAAACAGAAAGGGAGACCAUUUCCAUAGGCAGAGUCCCUCAAAACGUUAAAAGAAUCAGCAGCAGGGCCACGGAGCCAGAAAUGGUGUCGAUAGGCCCUUAUCACCGCGACAAAGAUCUUGAAUUCCAAAGUUACAAAUGGCAGUUUCUUGAUUCCCUACUUUCUCGAACAGGACAACCGCAGAGUUCUUUACGGAGCAUGACGCGAGCCACGAAAGAAUUAGAGGAGGAGGCAAGAAGACAAUACUCAGAGGCAAUUGAUAUGUCAAGUGAUGAUUUCAUUCAGAUGUUGCUACUUGAUGGUUGCUUUAUCAUUGAGCUCUUCCAACAAGUUUGCGGGAGUGAUGAUUCUGCGAAUAACAAUAGCCUAGUGUUAAUGAAGCCAUGGUUAAUUCCGAUUCUCAGUGGAGACCUCUUGAAGCUUGAAAACCAGCUUCCCUUCUUCGUUCUUUUGGAUUUAUACAAAAAUUCCAUUCACAAGGUCACUGGCGCCAAAUAUAUUUUUGUCAAGUGGAAAGCCUUGGGGUUGCAUAUGCAAGCCAUAAAUUUUUUUAAUCAUGCCCUGCCGAGGUCCCUUGAAUCAUUCCAGGAUGCAGGGCAACUUCCCGAUCUUCUAGUAACCCGUCAUCUACUCGACUUGUUUUACCGUAGCUACUGCUUGCCAAAACGAUCAUUCCCCAACUUAAGCCUCACCGUCAAAAGAAGAUGGCUCCCCCGCUUAAGCUACCUCAGCUAUUUAACCAACCUCUACAGAAGAAGAUCACAUGAAUUACCAAGGUAUCGUCCAUUAUCUGAACAGUCAAUACCAUGUGUGACACGACUCCGGCAUGCUGGGGUCAAGUUUAGGCCACAAAAAGGCAGUCGUGGUAAUUUCUUGCACAUAAAUUUCCACAAAGGGGUGCUAGAAAUCCCACCCAUGAUCAUCAAUGAUUUCACCAGCACUAUCCUAAUUAACUGUGUUGCAUUCGAACAAUGCUACCCACGGCCUACCCGGAAAUACUUUUCUGAAUAUAUUGCCUUCAUGAGUUGUCUCCUCGACUCAAGUAGAGACGUUACAUUACUUUGUGAUGACGGAAUUAUCUCAAAUUUCUCCUACAAUGAUAACCAUGUUGCCAAUCUUUUCAAGAAAUUGGGAAAGCAUGUUGUGUUCAACAUUAGAGAGUGUUACCUAAAAAACGAAUUCACACAAGUGGAGGCCUACUAUAGCAGCAACUGGGCAACUUUGAGGCGCACAUAUUUUAGCAGUCCGUGGUCAACUAUGUCAGUCGUCUCAGCCUCUGUUCUGCUGGCGCUAACGGCGAUACAGACAAUCAUAGCCAUUUUGAGCUACAAGGUCCCCCAUAGCUAAUGCUUCUGGACUGUUAUGCUGAUCGGAAUUAACUGUAUCCAAGAGUUUGUAUUGUUGUUACAUCUCUCUCUUUCGUCGCAAUAAUCUUCAUGGUGCGUACUCUCUUGCUCGUUCAAGGAUGAUGAUAGCUAAUGAAGUUUUAUGUUCAAGAAGGAUAGAUUCUGGAUAAGUUUGUUGGCACUCCAUGUGCAAGCCGCAAGCUGGAGCCUGUUUCAACUAUAUGGUUUUAUGUUGUAUGCAUAUCUAUGGUGUUUUAUGUUAAGUUUGUAUGUGUCUUCCUGUUAUAUGUAUUUUGUGGGUUUUUCUUUUGUUCUCUUAGUUUGGUUGGUUCUAGUGAAACUCUUGUAUUUCUUCUUUUAUUAGUAUUAAAGGAUUAAUUACCU